GUCCUGCGGAAAGCGCUCCGGGCGGGGCGCGUGGAGCAGAGGCGCUACGGACCGAGAGUUCGGCGUGGUGACGGUCGGCCUUUCCUCGGGUCGGGUGGCUGGGGCCGGGGACCCGACCGACCCAGCGGAAUUCCUACUGCGGACGAUCACGGCGUGUGGUGUGCCUGUGAAAAAAGAUGCGAAUGGUCUGGGGCCUAAAUGAAUCCUUAUUAGGCUUCCCAAGUCGGCGUUGCUUACUUCUGGCACAGCCAGCUCUUUGUGAGCGCCGAUCUGUAAUUCAGGCUUUGAAGUGGUUUCCGGGUGGUCGCCGAAGAAGGGAAACAGAUGUGUGCUGUUACCGUCAGCCGAUAAGCAGAAGCAUUUCUUGUGUCUGUUUCUUGGGAGUGUCAGACAAGUAUAGUAACACUUUGCAUUGCUAGUUCCACGAGGUUGGUGUACCUAUGAUACAUGCUUUAGAAGCAGAACGUUUUAGUUCAAAGAAAAAAUGGCUCUCAGUCCAUCUGUAGUUCCUCAAGAAAGUGAAGAAAAUAAUGCAAACUGUGUAGAAACAAAACAGUCACAAACUGUUUCCAUUGCUUCAGAAGACCCCCUUCAGAACUUAUGCUUAGCGUCUCAGGAAGUUCUUCAUAAGGCUCAGCAAAGUGGGAGGUCACGGUGUCUCCAAUGUGGUGGCUCAAGGAUGUUCUACUGCUACACAUGCUGUGUCCCAGUGGAAAAUGUGCCCUCUGAGCAGAUCCCAUUCGUGCAGCUUCCACUAAAGAUUGAUAUCAUCAAGCAUCCAAAUGAAACAGACGGCAAAAGCACAGCUGUGCACGCAAAGCUCUUAGCGCCCGACUCUGUGAACAUUUACACAUAUCCAUGCAUUCCGGAGUACGAAGGGAAGGAUCACGAGGUUGUACUUGUUUUUCCUGGGCCUCAGUCUAUCUCAAUAAAAGAAGUCUCCUUCCAUCUACAAAAAAGGAUUGAAAGCAAAGGUAGAAACAAAGCUGACGACCUUGAUGUGCCACCUUGUAAACUCAAGAGGACUAAGGCCGAGGAAGGCUCUGAUUUGAGUGAAAGCAUGUGCAAAGGGCCAGAGUUGAAAAGAGUUGUCUUUAUUGACAGCACCUGGAACCAGACAAACCAGAUCGCCUCUGACGAGCGGCUACGGGAGUUAUUACAAGUUGAACUGAAAACAAGAAAAACUUGCUUUUGGCGCCAUCAAAAAGGAAAGCCAGAUACUUUCCUUUCCACAAUUGAAGCCAUUUAUUACUUCCUAGUAGACUACCAUAGUGCCAUGCGGAAAGAGAAGUACCGAGGACAGUAUGACAACCUUUUGUUCUUCUACUCUUUUAUGCACCGUUUGAUAAAGAAUGCCAGAGGCUCUGGAGAGAAGGCCAGAGCGAAGCUCAUCCAGUAGUUGUGCACACCCCGCUGGUGCUCUGCCGAUGCUGAGCGUGCCGCCGAGCCGUGUUCACUCUGGGGUACUGCUCAUGCGUGAUGCCCACGAGAGGACUCAGGAAGAUCCCAGCCUUGUUCAUCUUAUCAUAUUUUUUUAAAGGAAAAUUUGAAUUUUGGCAAUUUUUAAGAGAUGAUCCUGAUUGAAAGACAUAGACCAGAAGCUGUUUGCUCAGUUUUGGCAUAUCUUAUUUUUACUAUACAUUUUUAAUAUGCUGUGUUACAUUUAUGUGAUUGUAAUUAUAUGUGAUUAAAGAGAAUCUUAUCUUUUUAGUUAUACUCACCCUUACCUUUGGACUUAAAUGAAGUUAGAAUCUUUUCGGGGGAAAAACCGUAAUUUGCUUAAAGUUGGUGACAGAAUUGGCAGAGGUGAGUGUGCUGUGCUGUCUCUGUAAGUCCACAGUCUCUCCUGCUACAUGGCCUUUGCUCUAGGAGAGAACUGUGGCAUCACGUGGUCCUGCCACGCACGACCCUGUUUGGCAAGGGGUCACAUGGCCCAACAGGACCAGGUCUGUUUUGAUGUAUGAGGGAUGCUGUAGGAGAUGGAAUUUAUUUUUCAAGAGUGAGUGAUAUGGGGUUAAAAUUCAUGUUUAAAAUGCAUCUAGAAAUAAAGGUAAGCUUGAAUUGAUUGAAGUAGGGCAAAGUCUGGAUUAGGGCAGGGUGAGGAGUAUGCUAAGGUCAGACUUUCCUGAGCCAGAUCUGUUGCCAUUUACCCAGCUCUUCAAACCAUCAAAACGGUUGCAAGGUUGAAGGAAAAAGAGGAGGGAAUAGUCUUAUUACUCAUUUGCACGUCCCACGGCGGUCACAAGGAGGAAGGCCCACAUACUUCAGCUGAGAGUGGUCAGUCUAGUCCUUCCUAAAAGCAGAGGAUGCCUGUAAACAUACUGAAUUGGCUGUACUUGUCUUAUUCCUCUUUGGUGUGAUAGACUCCCUGUGUCAUGGCCCGUGAACCCUUUUGUUACUUUGAAGUACCUCUCACUCUGACUCGCAUCAUCAACAUUUCUAAGAUGCUGUAUUUCUAUUUUUGUGGUUUGGCUGUUGACAUAUAAACAUACACGACUAUGCUAGCCUGCCAGAGCAUACAAGAUUGCCUUUACCAUCAACUGACAAGACAGCCACCUCCCUGAUUCCUGACGUGUGAGCAAAGAGUGCAUUAUGGCACUGGCAUGUAACUGUUGAACAGCAUUAUUGUGCCAGUAGACAGCCUAUCUGUGGGCACCGAAUCAGAUGCAGCUCAAACAUCCAGGAAGGGUUUUAGCCCCAUUAUUUCUUAGGCUCUGUCCUAGCUCCUUUUUGUACUUGCAGGGCUUCUGCACAGCAGGCUUGCAAGAUUCCCUGCAGCUGCCUAAAGGGCUUUGGAAAGUAAUCUGUAGUAUUAGUGAAACUAACUAGAUCAAUGGCCUAGACAUGUCUCAUAAACUCUUCUCCCUUCAGAAGACUGUUUCUAGGCACUAAGCCUGCUCAUCCUGACAUGACCACUUGGUUAGGCAAGUGCGCUUGCCAAGAGACUGGCACUGUCUCUUCAUGGCCUCCAUGCCACAACAGCAGAUGCUCUCCAGGAAUUUGUCAGUUUGCAUUUGAUUUUCAUCCUCGCUGGUUUCUCUUCUUCCCGCUUUACCACCCAGGAGCAUUCUAAUAAAGUUACAAAUUUAAUCUACCCUCCAACUCUUCCAGGGAAGCCAGCUAGUUUAGGUGGGAUUUGGUCAGAAAAGCAGACAUCAUUUAAAGUGUUAGCAUAAUCUUUAAACAAGUGCAAUAAAGGAACUGGGGCUUUCCUAAAGGUGGAGUUACUGGGGGAGGCUGCAGCCCUGUGAGUCUUCAGCUUCAUAAGCCUCUUCAUCACUUUUCUCACAUGUCUUGGCUUAGUGACAGGUCCUUCUCAACCCAUUUGAAAGCCUUAAAGAAGAAUUAGAGACUUUGCUUGGCUGCUUCUUUGAUGCCAUGUUAAUUUGGUCUUUGUCUCAGCUGUAUCUUUAAUGAUCACAUUUUAUUUGAUAAAAAAAAGUUCAUUUCUGAUCCCAAAUCCUGUCCUCUCCUUCCACUGAGUUCCACCUGUAUGCCACCCAUCUCUGUGAGCCUCUGUCCUUACAGUGCUUUAUGUGAUGGAGUGACUAACAGCUGGCCUCCUCCAGAUCUCCCCAAAUGUCACAAGUACAGUAGAUACACUAGGAAAACUGAUGUCUUCCACAUUAUGGAAGGAUGAUGUAUCAGAGUUUGGUCUCAGGUACUAAUGGUUAAUUGGCUCCAAUGAAAAGUAUUGCUAAUCAUUUGAUAAACUUUAAUUGAAGACCACAGCUAAAAACAGUCACUGCCCAUUUGUAAGACUCAUUUAUCAGCAGACAGUGGAUACAGUCCUCACAUGAAAAACGGGAGGAAAAGCACAGAAUACAGAGGAAAAGACAGGUGGCAAACAAAGGAAACAGACAGUUGGCUGUCUUCAGAAAGAACGGAUUUAUUUAAAAAUACAGUUUGAUAGUAUGUAGUUAAAAAAGAAUCCUAGAAAUUGAAGAACUGCUGAAGUAAUUCAAUAGAAAAGUUAGAAGAUAAAAUAUUAGAAUAGAAAAUUCUGAUUUUUAAAUAUUUAAUGUUAGCCUUGUUACAAGUUGUAAUUGAGACCGUGGAGUACCUGCAAAUUACUGAAUUAAGCAUACACAGCAACCUGAAAUGUAAAGAGGUCAGUGCUUUGAUUAGCUAAACACUUUGUUGGAAAAGGUUGGAGACUACAUACACAACAGUGGUAAGUUUACAAAAAAUAAGCAACAUCAGGUGGUAGGAAAAUCCAAAUACUCUGUUAAUCAGUUCAUAUAUUCAGGUUAUUUGAGUUUCCUGAGAUUGUUGAGAGAACCCAAAGCCCUCAAAUUUUUUUAAUAAAAAACUUUAUGAUUAUUGUGUGCAUGUGUAUGAUUAGCAAGGGUGAAGGUAUGUUCCUUAGCAUGUGUACUUGGAGGUCAGAGGAUACCCUUGUGGAGUCUGUUCUACUUUCAUGUGGAUUCUGGGGAUUGAAGUCAGAUUUGAACUCCAAGCAUCUUUACCUAUUGAGCUAUGUCACCAGCCCUCCAAAUUGUUUUUAACCAUAACAUUUUCAUAUCCUUUGAGACUCUGAAAACAAUUUUAUUUUAUAUGUUGGUUAUGGUAAGUACUAUGUAGUCACUACAUAUUUAUGAUGGGAUAUUGUGUCAUGGAGAAAUUUGACUCGAAUGCUAUGUUUAUACCCUCAGUUGAUUGAUCAAUGUCAAUCAAUAAAUAUCUUUAUUCAGUAA